CGGAAAUGAGUUCAUUGCGUGGCUUUCAGCUGAUUCUCACUUUACGUUUUGUCAACAACAGAGACAUUCAGACAUGAAAACGAAUUAAACGCUUUGGAACCGUUGCGCCAAGGGGCAUCAAGACCCCUGACAUUAAGACAUUGUUUUCAAUCGAGUCUUUGGUUAUUCAAUUCGCUUUAGAUAGUUGUUUGAUUACAUCGCCGCCAAGAUGAACGUGACUCUUGCAGUGAAGCAGUACAUCUCGAAGAUGAUAGAGAACAGCGGGCCGGGGAUGAAAGUGUUGCUGAUGGAUAAAGAGACGACCAGUAUCGUCAGUGUGGUGUACACGCAGUCAGAGAUCCUACAGAAGGAGGUCUACCUGUUUGAAAGGAUCGAUUCUCAAAACCGAGAUAACAUGAAGCACCUGAAGGCUAUUUGUUUCCUCCGGCCAACAAAGGAGAAUGUAGAGAAUCUGAUCCAGGAGCUUCGCAGGCCCAAGUACAGCGUCUACUUCAUCUACUUCAGCAACGUGAUCAGUAAGAGUGAGAUCAAGGCCCUGGCCGAGGCUGACGAACAGGAAGUGGUGGCGGAGGUGCAGGAGUUCUAUGGGGACUUCAUAGCAGUGAACCCUCACCUGUUCUCCCUCAACCUGAGUGGUGUGGCCAGGGGCCGCAGCUGGGAGCCCUCUCUCCUGGCCCGGACCACCCAGGGUCUGACCUCAGUGCUGCUGGCUCUGAAGAAGUGUCCCAUGAUCCGCUACCAGCUGUCCUCAGACAUGGCAAAGAGACUGGGGGAGAGCGUCAAGCAAAUCAUCACUAAGGAAUACGAGCUGUUUGAAUUCCGGAAGACGGAGGUCCCUCCCCUCCUGCUCAUCCUGGACCGCAACGAUGACGCCAUCACCCCCCUGCUGAACCAGUGGACGUACCAGGCCAUGGUCCACGAGCUCCUGGGCCUGAACAACAACCGCAUCGACCUGUCGCGUGUCCCCGGCAUCAGCAAGGACCUGAAGGAGGUGGUGCUCUCCGCCGAGAACGACGAGUUCUACGCCAACAACCUGUACCUGAACUUUGGGGAGAUCGGCACUAACAUUAAGAACCUGAUGGAGGACUUCCAGAAGAAGAAGCCUAAAGACCAGCAGAGGCUGGAGUCCAUCUCUGACAUGAAGGCGUUUGUGGACAACUACCCCCAGUUUAAGAAGAUGUCGGGCACGGUGUCCAAGCAUGUGACGGUGGUGGGGGAGCUGUCCCGGCUGGUCAGUGAGAGACACCUGAUGGAGGUGUCUGAGGUGGAGCAGGAGCUGGCCACCCAGAACGACCACUCCAGCGCCCAGCAGAACGUGCGUCGGCUGCUGCAGAACCCACGAGUCAGCGAGCUGGAUGCGGUGCGCUUGGUGAUGCUGUACGCGCUGCGCUACGAGAAGCACAGCAGCAGCGUCCUGCCGGGGCUACUGGACGAGCUCAACAGGAAGGGUGUGUCGGAGAGACACCGCAGGAUGGUGCAGUCCAUGGUGGAGUAUGGCGGGAAGCGGGUCAGAGGAAGUGACCUCAUCACUCCCACGGACGCCGUGGCCAUCACCAAACAGUUCUUCAAAGGGCUCAAGGGAGUAGAAAACGUGUACACUCAGCACCAGCCCCUCCUCCAUGACACUCUGGACCAGCUGAUUAAAGGACGUCUGAAGGACAGUCAGUUCCCCUACCUGGGCCCCAGCUCCCUCCGGGACAGGCCCCAGGACAUCCUGGUGUUCGUCAUCGGGGGAGCCACGUACGAGGAGGCUCUGACCGUGUACAACCUGAACCGCACCAUGCCCGGGGUCCGAGUGGUGCUGGGGGGCACCACCAUACACAACACCAAGAGUUUUUUAGAGGAAGUGACAUCAGCGGCGGGGGCGGGGCAUGGCAGCGAGAGGGCGCAGGGGGCAGGGCGCCAUCCCAGCAGACGCUGAACCUUCAACACACACACACGCUAACAUACACUCACACACACACGUAUACACCCACACAUUUGUGAACACACUCACACACGUAGACACACACCAAUACACACCCUCACACUCCGAUACACAUAUACACAUAUUAUUAUUUGUUUCAGUACCCAACACAUUCCAGUUCUCUGUUUCAGUCUCCAUCUACUACACACCCCCCACCCCAGAAACAUGUUGGAAUCAGGUCCUCAUGACCUGCAUCCCUCGUAAACAACAUGUGACCUAAUUACCCCCCCCAAUUACCCCCCCCCCCCCCCAUAAGAGACCAGGGUAACAACAAGGUUACUCAGAUUGUAUUUUUAAGAGGUUGACAGUGCCGCCUGUGUGUGUGUGUGUGUUUGUCUUGUUAGGGUUCUUCUCUGGACCGGAAGGAUAAGUCCUGUUCCUUAGAAGCCUGGAUGACGUCAGUUCACUGUCAAUUAACUGAGUUAAAGAAGUCAGCUUCAAUUCAAAUGUCAUACAGAAAGAACACUGUUGAAGCUUAUCAAGUGUAUUUAUAUCAAUCUAACAGAACAUCAUUCAAAUACAUGUGCUCAACUUUAACUAUGGGAGUUCAUCAUUCUGUUUUAAUUGCGAUGUGAUUGAAUUCCUCCCAGCCUGGGUAAGCAGAGCUGUAAAGGUUUAGCAAUGUCGGUGUGGAUAAUGUAUCUUUUUUUUCUGUAUAGUUCUUGCCUUGUUAUUGUCUCUCCAACACCUACUGACUUAGAACACCUGCAACUGUGAAUAUUAAAUGGAAUAGAAAGCAUCCGCAAAUGUUAA